CGUGCUAGGAAAAAUACCAGGUUGUUUUGGGAAAAAAGACUAAUAGAAUGAAACACACCUACUUGAUUUAAAAUGGAUAUUACUCACGGAAACACGUUGUACUCUAUGGAUGCACCUGAUUUUUCAAUCAUGGUUGCUGCCCAUGAAACCAAAAAGGAAAGUGAGAAGGACAAAGAAGACACUAUGCCCAGACCUGGCCGCAGAAGAGUCUAUAACAUGGAGCCACGGACACCUCUUAAAAGACAGAGAAUACCUGUUCAACGAUUUCAGUCACCUGUACUCGAAGAAGGUGCACCAAAACCUAAAAUCCCCACUGAGGAAAAAAUUUUAUUGUUCAAAAAGGGAUCCUUCCUGGCAGUUAGAAAUUCUGAAGGUACCUUUUAUGUCUGCAAGGCUCAGCAAAUUCUCUACCGCUCAUCAAAACGUUUCCGGAUUCAAUGGCUUAAUGUGGACCAGCCUCCAGAUGUUUAUAAAUUGGACUAUUUAGAUACCACUGAAAUCGAGUGUGUGUUGUGCGAUGUCAAGAUGGACAGGGUAGAGAAGGACACCUAUCGUCUACCCUCGUCUCAACAAAGACGUGCCGAACAAGCUUUAAAGAAGGUCCUUAACUUGGAAAGAGGAUUGCCGCUCAAUGAAGGAAUUGAAGAUGAAGAACCAAUCAAUAAGAAAAAGAAGGUUGUUGAAAGCUCCCCUAAACCAGUGAAACCUCAGCCAUCUUCAAAGGAAGGAAAAGUAUCGCAGAAAGGGAAAGCCAAAGGAGAAAAACCUGGCAAGCGGAAAGGUGGUGGCAAGCGAAAAGACCAAGAACAAAAACUCAAGCCCAACCCCAACAUUGAAGUCCUCGAGAAAGAACCAUUUUUUGAAACUAACGAACCUGUGCCUUUCAUCUCUCCCCAUGUAAAUGGAAAAUUAGCCAUCCGUGCUGUUUUAUUGAAUGACAUGACUCUGCUCAAAUCUCUCAAGUAUGGUCUUGAUUAUGUGAGGUCACCAAAAAAUGAAUUGACAGCUUUACAUUAUGCUAUUCAACGUCAGUACCGAGGGUUUGUAGGGUACCUCGCUGAAGACUAUUUUGGUUCAUCCCGCAAAUCUAUCACAAACAAGCCACCUGUGUUGAUUGACUCGAUGGGCACUGGAUGGUACAAUCCUGUUUUUCUUGGAAUUCAUAAUAUUCGUUCUAUCACCCUUGGCAGAGGUAACCGUGAAGGAAACAAUGCUCUCACUAAGGAUGUCGCUAAUGACGCAGAAUGUUCUCCUGAAACCUACUUUGAGUACGCUGUGUCAGUUGGGGCCAGUAAAGAAAUUCUGGAAAUUUUGUUUGAUACUAAUCAGAAUGAAACUAGAGAUGAGCAGAUUGCAACAGUUUAUCAAUUCAUUCAUCAAGCCAUCAUUAAAGGUCACCGUAAGUUAUCUGGUAAAUUGAUCGAGGAAGCAGAGAAAGCUGGUGGUCAUGGCUACAAUUAUCUUCAUAAAGAGGUGUUGCUUUUUGAGAAAGAAGACUUGAGAACGAACAUUUUACCUGCUUCAGUUACAAAGAAGCCAUUUUAUUCCAAAAUCACUCCAAUCCAUUGUGCUGCUAUAAACCCCAAUGUAAAAUACUUGCAAACUCUAUUGAAUGUUCAACCAGAAGUAAAUGUUGUCGACAAGUGGCAACGCCGGCCAGUACAUUAUGCAGCUGCUUGCACAUCCACUGCUACACUUGAAUACCUGUUGGAGAAGGGUGCCAAUCCUUUGGAAUUGGACAGUUCUGGUAUGUGUGCCAUUCAUUUUGCUGCUCAGGCUGGACGUGCCCAUAAUGUUGAAGUGCUGCUGAAAAAAGCAAAGACCAAUUAUGAUCAUGACUCAUUUGCACAUAAAUAUGGACCUGGUGCAUUGAAUCGACCCAACCGAUUUGGACAGUGUCCUUUCCAUUUGGCCAUCAUGGAUGGCUAUACAGAAGUUGUGAAAGUGAUGUUGAAAUACCAAGUUGAAGUGAACAAACCAAUGAGUGCUUCGAAGGACAAAAUGAGUCCUUUGAUGAUUGCUGCAUGCAAAGGACAUCUGGAUAUAGCAAAGCUUUUGGUUGCAAACAAAGCUGAUGUGGAACAAAAAGACAAAAUGCGACGUACUGCAUUGAUUCAUGCAGUGAUGAAUGGUAAUACUCAUGUGGUAUCGUACCUUCUCUCUCUGGGUGCUGACUCGAACCACACUGACUCAUCUGGCAACUCUGUCGUACACUAUGCUGCUGCUUAUGGAUGGGUUUUCUGUUUAAAACUGCUUGUUGAUUCUGGUGGUGCUAAUCCAAAUUUACCCAAUGACUGGAAGGUGACACCCGUUUGUAUUGCAUUUUUGAAAGGCCACUAUGGUUUGGUUGACUAUCUUUUAAGUCAGCCUGGUUCAGACAUCAACUUUAAAGAUGAACGAGGGAGAACAUUAGUGAGCUUGGCAGCAGAGAGCAAACUUGUUCCAGAAAUUAUUAAAGAAAUGAAGUACUUGGUUGAAAAGAAAGCUGACUGUAGCUUAGCGGAUUUGGAAGGUUAUAAUCCGCUUCAUCAUCUUGCAAUUAACAGCAGCUCCAGAUCAGGACAGGAUGCGAAAGAAUGCAUGGCCGUUAGUGUUGAAGUUGCUGAGUAUCUCAUCGACAACAACUGUGAUCCAGCAGCACGCUCAGUUGAUGGCAUUACACCUCUCAUGCUUGCUAUAGAAAAGAACAACAUUCUUCUGGCAAAGAAAUUACUUCAAAAGAAAGGCAGAAUCACUUUAGACAAAAACAAGUUUGGUAAGAAUAUUCUACACAUGAUGGCAGAAUUGUGCAGUCAAUCCGAUAUGAUAUCACUACUGAAAGAGGUUAUUGAGCUGAACAAGACAUCAGGAGAAACAGACAUGGAGGUUGACGGUUCAAAUACUUCGUCUGAUAGUACUCUCAAGCAGCUUGCAAAAAUGGUGGAUCAUGAUGGAUACACUCCGUUAUUGAAAGCAUGUCAAGUAUACAAGAACCUGCAGGCGUCUACAUACAAAAAACAACCUGACAAUGAACUUGAAGUAAGGCAAGCUAAUGUUCGGAACUUCAUUUCUCUUCUGAUCGAUGAAGCUAACCCUGACAUCAACGCAUCCGUUGAUAAAAAAUACAUCCAAGAUCCAACUAAAGAAAGAACUUAUGGAAAGGAAGGUAAAUGGUGUGCCGUUCACUUUAUGGUUGCUGCGGUUACUGAGAAAUCUGUUCUGUCUCCUGAUAGUAUUGUAAACCAUUGUCCUGGCUUGAAACUCAUCCUGAGCAAGAAACCACAACUCGAUAUGCCAGACCAAUAUGGCUGUGUCCCAUUGAUCCAAGCCAUUCAAUUAGGUCGUGUUGAAGCUGUCAAAAUGCUGCUUUUGGCCAAUGCAAAUCCUAAUUGUUCAUAUGUGAAAAAGGACUCCAAUCAAAGAGUGACACCUUUGGUCUUAAUUGCUCAAAAUGGUAAACCUGACUUACUGCGCAUGCUUGUAUCGGCACAUGUCAUGAUAGACGACAGGAAUAACCCCAGACAGCAAACUGCUUUGCACUUAGCUGUACAAAACCCAAUUCGUGAUGCCGAUACAUUGAGGAGAGUACACAUUCUGAAAGAAGCUGGUGCCAAAGUGAAUGCCGUUGAUUGUGAUGGCUUGACACCCCUACACUGCUCUGUGAAAAACAAUUUGGGCCAGCUAGACUCUAACAUUGACCUUGAAGAAUUACUGAUUAAAAAUAGUGCUGACGUUUUUGCUAAAGACAAAAAGAAUCGUUUGUCUUUGCAUUAUGCUUUUGGAGAUAUUGAAAAACCAGUGUACACCACAGCAGAACCAAUUGAACUUGUCCAGUUGUUGACUUCAGCUAUGAGAUAUUCUCAAAUUGAUCUUACUGAUUUUUUUGGCCAGACACCACUUCAUCGUGCCGCAUGCCGAGGAGCAACCAUUUGUUGUCGACAUUUAGUCAAGACUCCUUCUAGUUGUGCACUCAUCCUCUUGCAAAUGGGAGCAAAUGUCAAAGACAAUGUGAUAAUUCCACCUGUUCCCAAGAAUUUGAUUUACGAAGCCGACAAGAAACGUAAGCCGAUAUGGAAGUGGCAGCCCAUCAGAAACAUGGCCAAGAGGCCCCAGAAACAUGAACACUCUAUUUUCCAGGAAGCCAUUGGGUCAGAACUUCAAAAUGUUGCAUACAUGAUGUUAGAAUCAACUGCAAUGGACCUGAAGAGUGGCAUUGAGGCUGCUCUGAAUGUUAGCAAGUACAACGUUGCCCUCCGUCUCAUCAAAAAAGUACAUGAUAUUUCCAAAUUGCAAAGCAGUAAUACUGAUGGCCGAAAUUUGUUCCAUAUUUUGGCUCUUCGCACCAUUCCUGGUCAGCAGACCCAACUGCAGCUUAAGAUUGCCGAAAUGAUGCAUGAGAAAAGAGUUUCCUUAAAUGACAUAGAUAUGUAUGGAUGCACUCCUCUCAUGUAUGCUGCUUUGCUGCACCAGCCAUUCCAACUAGGACACUUCAUGUCAAGCAAAAAUUCUCAACUUGACAUCAAACACAAAGACCGAUAUGGACGUGAUGUCAUGGCAGCUUUCUUCUGGAACUACGAUAAAGUUAGUGACAUCAAUAAUGAAGCGAGGGAAUGGUUAACAAUGUUGAUGAAGCUCGGCGCUUCGCUUGAUAUUUUGUUUGACCUACCUCCACCUCACCAUCUUCUGUUUGGAGAACAAAUCAGUUUUGAAAGAACCAACUAUUUCAGCCGCUGUGAUGGCCCUCUCAUCACACCUCUCAUUUUUGCCAUUUGCUCCUACAAUAACAAUCUAGUUAGGUAUCUCUUGAAAAACGGAGCUUCUCCAAACUUUGCUGAUGAAAAAGGUUUGACACCAAUAAUGCAUGCAGUGAAAAAGAAUGACAUCAAUAUAGUGAAGUUGCUGCUGAAUUAUGACUACCAUCCAGAACAGAACAAGGACGUCAACAAAGCCGAUCAACAGUUGACCAGAAAGACAUCUCGACAGGUAUUCAACCUGAAGAUGAUCGACCUGGAAAACAAAGCACCACAGACCAAUGGCAACAACUUUGCCGAUGACGAUGCCAACGAUGGAAGGGCUUCAGCUGGUGCUGAUGGCUCUGAUUCUGCUGACAAGGAAGCCGACAUAGAAAACGGAGAUGGGCACAGUAGUGACGAGGAAGGGGACGUCGAGGACCAGGAUGCUGACGCAGCGGACGCUGCCACAGAAAGCAGCGGGAGAGGCAGCGAUGACGAGAAGGACGAUGAGGAAGAUGAUGACGGUGGUGAUGAUGAGGAUGGGGACGAGGAUGAGAAUGCUGAUGACAACAAUGAUGAUUAUGAUGAUGGACAUGACACAGACGAACUAGAAGAUGAAGAAGUUGAUUUUGCACCCCAAGACAAGAAACCGGUUCUCCCAAGAUUGAACUCCAAAGCUUCAUCACAAUUGAAAUUGGGAAGCCAAACAUCAAGCCUCAGAUUUGACAAUAUCCCUACGGUUGAGAAGACCAGUAGUGUGAAUUUGAACUACACUGACAAUGAUGGACGAACUGUCCUACAUCAUCUUGUAUGCCCUCUCGAGUAUGGUACCUAUGAUAAUGAUGAAAUCCUUUAUGUGCUCUUCAAAGCUGGUGCACCCCUAGAAUAUGAAGAUACUGCUGGCUUAUCUCCCUUGAAGCAUACUUUGAUGAAUGGAGCACCUAGACUAGCUCGUAUGCUGCAGAAACUCACAAAUGUUGAGCGAGAUAAAUGGGAGAAACCAACUUUUACAUGCUUAGGUGAAACUGAUACGUUAAUCAGCUCAUUACCAACUGUAAACUUUGAAGAAGAUAGUCAAUCUAUGGUGGUUCUGCUGAAUCAAAAUGCUGCUACAUGCAAUGAUAGAGAUAACAAACCUGUACCUGACGCUAAUUGCAAUAUUAAAGCAAGUGGUGAAAUUGUGUAUGAUACAAACCAAAAUUUACCUUACGAUAUUCUACUAACCAAAGUAGAUGUCUGCUGUGGUGUAUGGGGAAUGUAUAAUUUUUAUAAAAUGCAGUGUGUUCUUCAUUUUAGAUUCAAGAAUCACCCCAAAAAAUAUCGCCUCGUAGAAACCGAAGAACGCCAAAAAUGUUUGAAGAAAACCAAGAUAAAUUUUGAUCUCAAUUCUGAAUUACCCUCAAAGCUUCCUCCACGGUUACAAGAACUCAUUAAGGAGUUGAGCAAUGUAAAGAUGUUGUCUACAGCAUAUGGCCUGUGUGGAGUGGAUGCUGAGAUCAUGCCAUUUGGACAAAUUAAAAAACCUGCUUUAAUUGAAGGCUUGGACAUUUUACAUAAACUCAAGGAGCUUAUUGAAAUGAUUGAUAAAUCAAAACCCUCUACUGGACCAAACGAAGAAUACCAAAAGAACUGUGAAAAAAUAGCUAAAUUAAGCAAUGAAUAUUUCCACUUAAUACCUCUAAAAGGAUAUGAAUUUGAAAAAAUCCGGCCGAUUUAUACUAAGAGUUCUCUGAAAAGUCAAAUAAAAAUGGUUGAAAAUCUCUUAGAUUAUGAAUUGGCAAGUCGUAUACUACUAGGCGCACAGUUUCGGUUAAAAGAAAUAAAUCCACUGGAUUACAUUUACAAGGCAGUCGGUUGCCACAUUAAACUCAUGACCGAAACUGAAGCUGAAACCCAAUACAUUUUAAAAUAUAUUUAUAGUACUGACAAAUCUGUGAAAGUUCAUGCUAUAUAUCGUCUCUCACGAGCUGGAGAGGAAGAUCGAGUCCAGGAAUUAAAUUUAGAAAACCGUAUGUUGCUGUGGCACGGCAGUGGAGUUCCUAACUUUAUCAGUAUCUUGAGCCGAGGAUUACUCAUCUGCCCACCAGAAGCCCCUAUCACUGGACAUUUGUUUGGAGAAGGUAUUUACACAGCUGACACAUUUACCAAAGCCAAAGGCUAUUGCUCUGAGAAUGUAGGAGAGUCGAAUUCCAUGUUUGCACUGCUUUGCGAAGUAGCACUUGGUAAGAUGAAGACCAACAAUUCUAAAGGUGAAAGCUCCGAUACUGACUAUAACAGUGUUGUUGGAGUUGGCAUGUCAGUACCUGACAGUGCAUUUGAUGUCACCCUUCCAUAUGGUGCUACCUUACCUCUUGGCCCACUGAUUAACAACCCAACAGCUAAGUCGAGGUAUGUGGCAUACAAUGAAUACAUUGUGUACGACCCAGCACAGGUGUGUCAAAGGUAUCUGGUGCAAUUCUCCAGUUAAACAAGACUUGCAAGGUGCUUUUGAAAUUGUCUUAGAAUUCAUUUUCUUAUCAUCAUUAUAUUAAUAUUAUUAUUAUAAUUAUCAUUGUCAUUAUUAUUAUUAUUAUUAUUAUUUUUAUUAUCAUUAUUAAUAUUAUUAUUAUUAUUACUACUACUACUACUACUACUAUUACUAUUAUUAUGUUCAUCACCACCAUCAUCAUUAUCAUUAUUACAUUAUUAUUUUUAUUUUUAAUCAGAUCAGCUUUACUCUCUCUCUAUCUCUCUGUUUCUCUUUCUCUCAUUCUCUCUCUCUCUCUCUCCUUCUCUAACUUUUUCUGACUGAUGCAAGUGCAUUCAGCCAUGGCUCAUAAUGUGUGUGUUGGUAUGUGUUUGUAUAUAUAUAUAUAUAUAUAUAUAUAUAUAUAUUAUAUGUAUAUGCAUUACGUUAAGGUGGAUCUAGAGGAUCUGUCUAUCCUAUGAACAUUCAUGAACUUUCUAUAUAGACUCAUUAGAGAGAUGUGGGCUGUUGUAUUUUACCGAUUGUGAACCGUUUCUGUACAAUAUAGACAGUGAAAAAAACACCUGCUUUAGGCAUGUGAAAGAUGUGUUCAAGCCAUUAUCUGUAAACAUAGAUACACAUACAUGCAUACAUGCAUACAUACAUAUACACACAUACACACACACACACACACACACACACACGUAUGAGUGUGUGUGUGUGUAUAUAUAUUUAUAUGGAUGCUGUAUUGGUACCGUCCACACUUGUUUGUGUGUAUGUAUGCAUAUACAUAUAUAUGUGUGUUUGUGUGUGUAGAUAUAUAUAUAUAUAUAUAUAUAUAUAUAUAUAUAUAUAUAUAUAUAU